AUGAGCAUUCCAUUAUUAAGCCAGGUUCUGGUUAAGGCAUUUGUUUCGGAUAAGUAUAUCUUUGGAAAUGAUGAGUUACUGGACGACGCACUUGGGUCCACUCAUUACCGUCCGUUUGAUGAUAACAAGGAUCUCAAGGUGUUGUGUUGUAGUGAAUUGAGAGUCUCCGAGCACGAGCAAAAAGGUAUCUCUCAAGCUCUUGAAAAUUCGAUAGCUCAAAGAUAUUGUGCUGGUAUUGUGGGUUAUGGUGGUGGUGCUGUCGUAUGCUUGGGUAAUUGCCUAUACGUUCUGGGGUUUCAAAGGGCCGGAUCCACUUGGAGAGUGUUACGGACGAUAUCAAGUGCAGUGGAAGAUAUCACCAACAUCGCGAUCAACUCUGAGGGUAACAUAGAUAUGGUUGUUUGUAUCACCAAGAGCCAGAGGCUUUUGUCGUUUGAUAUCGCGACUGGUGAACUGUUAUUUGAGAGCGCAGUGCCGUUUGAAAUUGUCGGAUCUCCUCUUUUCUUCAAGAUACUCGGAUCCAGCUCAAUUGUGCUUUCUAAUGCAUUCAAUGAGGUUUGUGUGAUGUGUCGAGAUGUUUGUGACAUCUCUCCCUCUCGAAUGAUAUCCUUUGAUUAUAAGCUGGCAGGUCUGAUUGUGUAUUAUCGACACUAUCUCUACGUGAUAUUCGAUGAUGGGUCAUAUGAAGUUGCAAAAUAUACCGUAAAUUCCGGUUUGGUCUUUGAUAUUGAUUACAAGUUCACAAUGCCUGUUCAGGGAAAUGGGUUUGGGGAGUCUGCCUAUGGCAAAAUAGUCGCCGUUAUUGGUCUGGGGAAGGCUCGGUGGGUUGUGUGCCAGGAGUACGGAUGGGUAAUAUACGGAAUGUUUGAUUCCAAAAUCGUACACCAGAUAUCUUCACCCAUUUCAUCGAGAUUUGUGGAUGCAGCUGUGUCGGUCGACGGGGAUUCCUAUAAAAUUGCAAUCACCACCGCGAAUAUGGCUGUCAUGGUUGUUUGUGACGGUAACGUCAGACUGGUCGAAAGCAACAAUCGUUGUUUGCAGAAAUGUUUUUUUGUGGAAGGUUAUCUUAUGGGAAUUUUCAGUGAUGAUACCCAAUGGUGGUCGAGGAAGAUUGAUCCAGACGACGAUACUCUAGCUUGGGAUGAAAGGGUGAUAAUUCCCCUAUUUGAAUGGGGUAUGACGGGAAAUUCUGUUGCGCAGAAGAGUCUUGAUAAUCAGCAUUGCCUUACUUCUCUGACAUGCUCCACUACGAUAUCCUCGAGUCUUGUUGUCACCGGAAAUGACUCUGGGGAAUUGGCUUUUGCUUCCUCAGAAGGGUUUGGGCUCAUGAGAUAUCCGUUGUUGGAGUCAAGUGUAGUUGGAAUUUCUUACUUUAGCAUCCCUGUUGGUCUGUUGCCUAAUAUAAUAUGGGCACGGGAUUCCAAAGGUAAUUUGGCAUUGCUGCUAUUUGCUGAAGCUAUUGAAGCCCCUCUGCCAGGUUUCAAAGCUUUUUUGAUCCCGCGAAAACCAUGGGACACGAUACUGUCUGUCCAUGUUUUGAAAGGCUACACAUGCAUAUCUGUUGAUUAUGCCAGUGGAACCCGGGCCAUCAUUGAUUUGGCAUCAUUCGCACCAAUUCUGUAUCACAGGGAUAGGGUGGAGCACAUACCCAUGGAAUUUGAGCUUUCCAUGUUUUCGACUGAAACAAAAUCUGUUUUUACAGUGAAAGACUAUUGCUCUACACCGCAGUACAAUGCAAUGGAAGAUUCUGCUUUGGAGAGUCCAAGCAUGACAGCAGAUAGUUUCCUCUCUUUUGACACGAAGCAUGGUUUUGCCUCGACUGAGUCUGCCGUGUUCUCUCUUCUUCACGACUACGACAACGAUACAGCCGCUUCCAAAUUUCAGGAUUAUGCCACUGCUACUUACAAUACAACCUUCUUUCUCAGGGACAUGUGCCGAUGCUGUCUUAUCUGCCGAAAAGAAGAGCUGACCAGGUGCUUGCACUUGUUGUAUGAACUGUUUCCUAAGGUCAGCUGGACUGUGGACGAAAUUGUUCGAACAUGGAGACCAAAGCUUAAGCUAGCUUCAGAGAAUUAUCCGUCUGACACGGAGGAAAUGAGUACUUUGUACGCGACGAUAAUUCUCGGAACCCUGCUCUCUCAUGAAACUACGCAUUUGUCUGACCAUAAUUAUGUGGUUGAUGUUAUCACUAGCGUCUUCAAUUGCUUGCACUCCAGUAAUGCUAGAGUCAAAGUGUUGAUGCUCAAGCUGCUCUCGCAGAGUUUUGAGCUUCUGAGCUCCAGACACAUUCUAGAUCCAGUCUACUUCGUUCGUUUGAUUUUGAAGAUAAGGUUGAACCACAACGUUCGACUAAUCUCAGGAUCUGUCCAAGUGGACGAUAUGUUGGUUUUCGAUGAGUGUACGAAGAUAAUUGACGCAUUGUGCCAUACAGAUCCUGACUUUGUUGUCAUCAUUGCAGGGUUUUUGUUGUCGAAUCCUACUUCUGGACUGAAUCAAAUCGAGGACCUAUCAUUGAAAGCUGAAGUUAUCGAGAUCCUGAAUUUUAUCCUUUUGGAAAGCCCUGAUGACUCAUUCGUGUUCUCGCCCAACAGAAUAUUCCUGAUACUGAAUGCACUUCUUCAGCUGGAGCCAACUCCAUCUAAAACAAGUCAUCAUCAUUAUCAUCACCAUCGCGUAGGUGAUGUGUCUCUACAGUUACAUGAUGCCCUUGAUUUAUGCAAAGGAAUCAUCACGUCUAAGUUCUCCAGAAUCUGCGCAGUUGCUGAGUAUCCAGACUCGGCUUCCUCCAGACGACUAGUACAUGAUACUGCGGCUAGGGGGCACAAGACAUGUGUUUCCCUCGAUCUAAAGAGUAUUUCCCAUGGAACAAUCCAAGAAUAUGCUGCUGUUGUUUACGAGGAUGGAAAGUCUGGACGGGUGUGUUACACAUUGAACUGGAAUCAAGACAGAAAGAUAACCUCUUCCCAAAUGGAUGCAGAACCACAUCUGAGUGAAAUUUUGGUUGGACAAAAAUUCUCACCAGACGGAAAGUUGCUUGCUGGAAUUGACUUUUCGAGCUACAGUAUCGUUAUCUGGGACAUCACUUCUCCCAAAACUCAUUAUCCGAAUCUGGUGAGCGAAGUUGAUGUUCCCUUGCGAGUAUCGAAUUUCGCUUAUCUGUUUGUGCAGUACUAUUGGAGAAGCAUUCGGAGUGGGGUCCUUUCUACUGACUCAAGUAAUGAAGGCGAUCUUCUGGAGGCCUUGAAAGAACUUGAUGGGGCGUCUAAUCCACAAGUUACUGGCUACAUCACCGAAUAUGCAUCCUUGCUACCGGCGAAGUGUAUUGGUAUUCGCGAUAUUUUGAGAAAUUACCACGAGGUAUUCUUAUCGGAGGGACGAAUAGUAAGCGAAAGAGAGGUUUUUAUUGAAUGGCUUGCAAAUGAUGGAAUUUGCUUGAAAAUAGGAGAAAAAAUUGUGUAUGUAUAUUCCAUUGACGAUUAG